CUUAACAAAGGAACACAUCUACAAAAAUAUUACCGCAAAGGCUACUUCCACUAAAACUGCUACUAAUACUAAUACUUUUAACAACUACUAAUCCUACCAUUACAACGAGUUCUUACAGUACAGUGAUUACAGUACUUCUCGAAAACGUCUUAAAUUCUACUUUUACUAUUAUCACUACAAAAACUAACUAUUCUCUUCUCUUCUUCUAAUUAUUCAUUCGCCUCUUCCCAGAAGGUUUCAUGUGACUGUCUAAUUGCUGCUGUUGAUCAUCGUACCGUCUCUCUCUCUCCAGCUGCUCGGCGGCGUCCUCGUUAAAUAUUGACACCGCCUUCGGUGAUCCACAGAUCGGGGUCGACAGUAAGUCAGGACCCGCUGGAUAGUUCAGUUCAGGACAGAAGGGCCGUCCCUCUGAAACACCGCCGGGGUUAGUCGCAGUUCUCCUUUGCACCAAUAGGAGGCAGUACUGGCAUCGGUGCUUCUGUCCAUGGUGCUGGAGGUUCGGCUGGCCCUGUCCAGGGUGCUGAACGGCUUCGGGAAUCUGGACUUUUUUCGUUCUUCUGUGAUCUGAACUGGGUUGUGUUUGCGGCCGCUGUCCUCCGGUUCACGAGUUUUUGUCCGUGUUUUUGUGUGUGUGUGUUUCAAAAGGAGAGAUGUCGGAGCAGAGGGGGAGGGGAGGGCACUAGUCUCACCAGAAGACAGACAUGAGUACAAAGUCCACACACUGAGCCUGAAGGAGCAGACAUUAAUCAACAGAGUGGACGAGCCUCAGCAUCAAAAUGAGCCAAGAGAUUACAGAGACACGAACAAGAACACGCUCCAAAGGCAUCAGGGCUUCAUCAGAACUGCUGGGGCAGGAGAUGAAGCAGGACUUAGCUAGCAGCUGUCCCACCCCAGGAUGUGACGGCAAAGGACAUGUCAGUGGAAGGUAUUCGCGGCACAGGAGUGUAUUGGGAUGUCCGAUUGUGAAGAAAAGGAAACUGGAGGAGGCCGGGGCUGAGGCAGAGGAGAACCAGUCUGCUCCCAAAAAGCGGAACCAGCCAAUCAAACAGGCCAAUGAGGGAAGCUCCACUGCAGACAGUGAUGAAGAGAAGGAGCAGAAAGAGGAUGAAGAGGAAGAGGAGGUGGAUGAAGAGCAUAAAGAGAAGAAAAACAGCAGAAAUAAAAGCCAGGCAGAGUCAGCACAAGACCCCUCAGCAGUGACAACCACGGACACAGAAACAGCGGAGACAACAGACUGUCCUCCAGCUGAGGAGGACAAGAGUGUCCCAUCAGAGGUUAAUGAAACUGAAGGAGAAGAACCUGGAGAUGAAGAAAAGCAACAACAACUCUCUGACGAUCUCCUCCAGGAGGAAACAGAAACUAUGAAGCAGGAAGAAGAGAAGCAGGUGGAAGAGAAGAAGGAUGAAGAGGAGGAGAAAGAAGAAGAAAAGCGAGAGGAAGCAAAGGAGGAGAUUCAAGAAGAGCUGGGUGAGGAGGAGGAGGAGAGGGAGAAGGGGAGUCAGCUGCUGACAGAGGAGCACUUAUUAGAGCCACCUGAACAAGAAGCACAGGUUACUCUGUGCGAUACUACAAACGAGGCAGAACAGGAAACACAAGAAGAACAAGAGGAAGAUGAGGCAGAGGAAGAAGAAGCAGAGGAAGAAGAUGACAUGGAAGAAGAAAAUGAGGAGGAAGACGAGGAGCAGGAGGAAAGAAAUGAAAAUAUUGUAGUGGAGAGGGAGGUGAUAAGACAGAUGAUGAACCAGGAAAACUUGGAUCACCAAUACUCCAGUGGUGAAUACAAACAUCAAGCCAAAGACCAACCUGAGAUGCAGAGUAUGAGGGAGGAACAAGAGGAAGAGGAGGAUGAGGAAGAAGCAGAAGACGAAGAAGAGCAGGAAGAAGAGGAUGAAGCAGAAGAGAGGGAGGUCCACCCAGAAUUCGACACUCCUUACACAUUGAGUCCACCCACUCAGGAAUCAGAGACUGAGGUGUCACUCAGGGAAGAAAAAGUCAGCACCCCCAUGACUGAGGAAGAUGAGGAUGAUGAUGAUGAUGAAGGACAGGAAGAUGAUAGAGAGGAGGAGGAGGAGGAAGAAGAGGAUGACGAGGAUGACGAGAGGCAAGGAAAGGAAGCAGGGGAGGUGCUGGAUGAGGAGGACGACCGAGACUCUGGCAAAGCAUCACCAACCACAGUGGUGAUAGAAGUCCACUCUGAGGACGAGGACGAUGAGGAGGAUGAAGAGGAAGAGGAGGAGGAGGAAGAGGAAGAGGAGGAGGAGGACGAAGACGAAGGAGAGGAGCAGGAUCGUGUCUCAGAGGGUUCAGGGAUCACAGAUGACUCCGAUAACUGGGAUAUGACUCGAGGGAACCUUGGGCUUUUGGAGAAGGCCAUUGCCUUGAAGGCUGAGGAGGUGAAAGGAGGUCAUGAGGUUCACAGCUCCCCCGAAUACCAACCUUACAGCUCGUCCAGCAGGGGCUCUGAGCCUGCAACCAUGGCUCGACGGACCUCUCACUACAGCAAAGAGAAGAAGGAAGUGAAGUGUCCAACCCCAGGGUGUGAUGGUACAGGUCAUGUGACUGGGCUGUACCCUCACCACCGCAGCCUGUCUGGAUGUCCUCACAAAGAUCGAAUCCCCCCAGAGAUUCUGGCCAUGCAUGAGAACGUGUUGAAGUGUCCGACUCCUGGCUGCACAGGCCAAGGACAUGUCAACAGUAACCGCAACACACAUCGCAGUUUGUCUGGCUGCCCUAUCGCAGCAGCAACCAAACUCACCAAGACCCAGGACAAGCAGAUUCAGCUGCAGCCUACUUCCAGUGAACCCUCUUCCAACUCUGAUAGAGUCCUCAGGCCCAUGUGCUUUGUGAAGCAGCUGGAGAUCCCUCAGUACGGCAGCUACAGGCCCAACACCGUGACCACCACACCUCGAGCUAACCUGGCCAAGGAGCUGGAGAAAUACUCUAAGGUGUCAUUCGACUAUGCAAGCUUUGAUGUCCAGGUGUUUGGAAAGCGAACGCUCAUUCCAAAGACACCCUGCGCUGCUGAAACAUCACCAAAAGCCUUUAAACCUAAAUCAUUCCCUAAGGCCUCCUCGCCAACUCACAAUGUGUCUGGUGGGUUUUCCAAGAGCAUGUCGUCCUCCAGUGGAUAUGACUACACCCAGGACGCAGAGGCAGCACACAUGGCUGCAACAGCCAUCCUCAACCUAUCCACCCGCUGCUGGGAGAGACCCGAGACAUUCAGCACCAAGCCCGCAGAAACCUGCAACAAGGAGUCAGACAUCGAAGUGGACGAAAACGGCACAUUGGAUCUCAGCAUGAAAAAGACCAAGAGGGAAGACAUGCAGUCUCCAGAGGCGUCAUCUUCCUCAUCUUCGUCUUCUCAAAUCCUUGGACCCACUGUGUCUCAGGGCCACUCUCAGCCGGAGUGGGAAGGACCACUGGACUUCACCAAAUCAAGUGGAGUCAAAGAGGAAGAUCAUGAGGAGGUGGAGACUUUGGCUCCGUCAUACACAUCAUCUGAGGGCGAGGACGAGGACCAGGAGAACCUGGAGGACAGGAAGUACCCGGGUGAGGUCACCACUAGCAGCUUCAAGGUCAAGUUUCAGCCCAAAGACAGCAAAAAAGACCUUCUUGUAUGUCCAACGCCUGGCUGUGAUGGCAGUGGACACAUUACUGGCAACUACGCAUCACAUCGAAGUCUGUCAGGCUGUCCUCUUGCUGAUAAAUCCCUUCGGACCCUCAUGGCUGCCCACACAGCUGAACUAAAGUGUCCGACUCCAGGUUGUGAUGGAUCAGGCCACAUCACUGGGAACUAUGCUUCACACAGAAGUCUUUCUGGAUGUCCAAGGGCAAAAAAAAGUGGAAUCAAAAUCACCCCCACCAAGGAUGACAAGGAAGACUCUGAACUGCUGAGGUGUCCGGUUCCGGGCUGUGACAGUUUGGGCCACAUUAGUGGAAAGUACGCCACUCACCGCAGUGCCUACGGCUGUCCAUUGGCAGCACGCCGGCAGAAGGAGGGGCUUCUUAACGGCACUCCCUUCUCCUGGAAGGCCUUUAAGAGCGAUGGCCCGACUUGCCCGACGCCAGGAUGUGACGGCUCGGGUCACGCUAACGGCAGUUUCCUGACACAUCGCAGUUUAUCAGGUUGUCCCAGAGCAUCAGCCAAUAAGAAGAGAGCCAAGCUGCCUGGAGACGAGUACAUUACUGCAAAGUUCAGGGCGAGUGAUGUUCUGGACAAUGAUGAGGACAUCAAGCAGCUCAACAAGGAGAUCAACGAGCUGAAUGAGUCCAAUUCAGAGAUGGAGAUGGACAUGAUGAAUCUGCACACUCAGAUUUCUUCCAUGGAAAAGAAUCUCAAGAGCAUGGAGGAUGAGAAUAAACAAAUUGAGGAAAGAAAUGAAGCUCUCUUCUUAGAGCUGUCAGGCCUGAGUCAGGCCCUAAUCCGGAGUCUGACAAACAUCCACCUACCCACAAUGCAGGAACCGCUGUCUGAACACAACUUCGACAGUUACGUGGACACACUGACCCACAUGUUUACCAACAAAGAUUGCUAUCAGAAUCCCGAGAACCGGGCUCUGCUGGAGUCCAUCAAUCAGGCUGUAAAAGGGAUUGAGGUUUGACCAGGUGGCAGGAGAGCGUGGAUGAGGGUGGGGGCAAUUGCAGUGACCUCGCCACUCUGUUUCCACACUUUUCACAUAGUGUGUGUAAUGCAUUUUGAUGAUAAUUUUUUUAAUUUUUUUUUGUUUCAUUUUUGGCCUUUUUUUUUUACCUGUUUGCAUGUUGCUUUUGGUGGAGUGAGCGUGGAUGUUAUGUGUGUGCGUGUGUGUGUGUGUGUAAACACACUGGAAUCAAAGGUUUACGCAAGGCAGAAAUGCAGUGUAGAGGCUGAGGCCAGCAGAUUUCCUUAGUUUAGUGAACAGGUCCCAUCUCCACACAGUGAUGUUGAUAGUAUUCUAUAUGAGCAUAGUGAUAAUGUUGCACCUCCAACACUAGUUUGUAGAUUCAUUCUUACAAUUGCUGUCUUAACUAUUUAAGUCCUUUGCAAACGUUGGUUUAAUAACAACUUAGGUAUUCAUGUUAUUGUAAUUGUUUGCCUAUUUAUUAUAUAUUAUGUAUCUAUUUAUUUAUUUAUUUAAAAUUUCGUUUGAAAAAAAUGCUACCUGAGAAGAUUUUAAACCGUAACCAAGAGUAGGUAAUCAUUUUCCUCUGCACCACUGAACAAAGAGGAAUAUUUUAAGAUAUCAAAUAUGAAUUGUUUUAUAAAUCUUAUUAUUUUAUUUAAAAUACAGGGAUCUUUUUAAGUGCAAAUAUUUUGUAACAAAAAGUUUUUAAUAAUUUUCUAUAUAUUUUCUUUGGUGCUUAUGUUUAUAUGAUUUUCUUCCCGUUUUAUUUCCACAAACUAUUUUCAGUACAUUGCAAUACACUGUGAAUAUUAAGCUGCACAUAUUUGGUAUUUAUUUAGUGAUGAAGAACAAAGUGAUGGUGAAUAUUUAUUUUGUAAUGUCGAUGUGUUUAUGACUGUGUACGGAUUAGUCUUUAAGUUGCCCUUGAAAUAAAGUUUUACCCACACUGCAUGUGGAAUCAAUACGUGCUUACAUGUAUUUAUAUGAUUUCUUCUCGUUUUUCCUUGGCCACCUUCAGGGCUGGUCACACUGAACCUUCUGCCACCUCAUCACCAUCUUCACUAUCUCUAUCAUCUGUGUUACCGUUAUGUCUUCCUAACUAAUGGUUCCCAACCUUUUUUGACUUGUGACCCUAUUCUUUUAAAUCAAUGACUAUACAUUUCAGGUGAACCCAAGUGGGGUCAUGACCCCACAGUUGAAAAACAUUGUCCUCAAUUAUGUCCAUGAAUCCUUCCGUAAGUACUGCACUUAUCCUAAUUGGCAGAUCAACUUAUCGCAUACAUGGUGGAGGAGAUUGAUGAUGAUGAUGAUGAUGAUGUAAAUAAAGAAGGAAAACAAUACAUAUUUAAUUAAUUGAUUUUAAUGGUUAAAAAAAUACUUCUUUGAGCAAAGAGACGACAAUACAUCCCUGUUUGCAGAUGAAACCAGGGACCAAAACAAUUGUGGCCACCACAUGACGACAGGUGGGACAAGGUAAGAUGAGGUAAAUGUUUUUGAGCAAAAAAACGAAACAAAAAAGGCACAAUUUACAAUCAAUCAUGCCCCAAAUUCACAAUAACAAUAUUAAUAAUAAUAACAAUAAUAUAAUAUCAAUACAACUAAAAAAUCU